UUAAAAGACCUAAAUUUUUUUAUUUACUUCCGUCAACCAUGCGUCGACAACAAGCACUUUUCAAUGUAAAUUUUUCCCUUUUAGUGACAGUUGUUGCCCUCUUACCCUUAUUAGGAGCUUUAACUUGUAUCGUUUUAUCGAUCUUACUGAAUUUUAAGGAAUCAACAUGGACGCAUUGUCGGGUAGCUAAUUAUCUUCCGUCCAUUAGUUCAGCAAUUGGAGGAUAUGCUCCCCAGAAAUAUAUAUGGAGAAUAUGUAUAGCUCUUCAUGCAGCACCAAGAUUCUUGUUUGCUUUUUCAUAUUUUGGUUACUAUACAAGUUUUCAUGUGGGUCCAAGAAACACUUUAUACAAAAAUCUUGCUAGACUGUGUGUGUUCUUGCAUGUUUUGGAGAAUACAGCAUUAGUGACUCUAACUUAUGUUUCCUCAACUGAUAAUUAUGCUGUUCACGAAAAUAUGUUUAUAGUAUUCAUGGUGUGUUCAGAGGGUUACAUGUUGUUGUCAUGUAUACUGUAUAAAUGGAGUCAUGAAAGUAAUGGCAGAGUCAUGACCAAAUCAGAAGUCAGGUCGUACCAGUAUAAGAAGAGACUGUUUGUCUUCAAUCUAGCCAUGUUUUUGACAGCAGUGUACACAUUUUUCCGACAUGAGUGGUAUUGUGAAACAGGAGUUUACUCCAUUUUUGCAUUGUGUGAAUACCUGGUAGUAUUUUCUAACAUUGCCUUCCACUACACGGCCAAAUACGACUUCUCUGACCAACAGGUGUUGCUGGCUGGGGAGGAGAGUGGGGACCACCCCAAAGAAAUGGUUUUAUCGCUUCAUCCAUACACCAUUGAUCAACAGAAUAUGGAGAAGGAAAAGGCACUGUUUCGUGUACAUUUUUCAUCUUUAAGCAACGUUGUAGCUGGGUUGCCGUUUUUUGCAACUUUAUUUUGUGUGGCAUGGUCUGUGUAUUUUAAUUUUGAAGAAUCAACCGCAACACAUUGUCGGGUACCUAAUUACCUCCCCUCUAUAAGUGCCGCCAUUGGAGGAUACAUUCCACAGAGAAAUGUCUGGAGAAUCUGCAUUGCUCUCCAUGCGUUUCCUAGGUUCCUUAUUGCGUUAGCUUACUUUCGUUUCCACAUGCAAUUUUUAGUGGAGAAAUGGAGGAAGUUGUAUUCGACACUGGCCGGACUGUGCACUCUUCUACACGUGGUGGAGAAUUUUGCGUUAGUUGUGCUCACGUACAUUUCGUCUUUAGAUGACCGAGAAAUUCACGAGAGCAUGUUCGUUUUAUUCAUGGUGACAUCUGAGGUCUACAUGCUGUUAACCUGUUUGUUGUACCGAUGGGGACACACAGUAGGGGGCCGAAAGAUGACUCCAAAUGAAAUACAAUCCUACCACUAUAAACUUGGAAUGUUUGUGUCAAAUUUCAUCAUUUUCAUGAUGGCGGUAUACAUGUAUUUUCGACAUAACUGGUAUUGUGAAAGUGGCGUGUACACUGGUUUCGCUGCUUGUGAAUACCUUGUGGUGUUCACCAACAUCGCUUUUCACUAUACAGCAAGACUAGACUUUCACGACCAGUACUUGUCUCUAAAAGGUGAAUCUCAUCGGACGUCCAAGACGGCCUAGCGUCAAUUGAAGCAAUGCUUCAUCCAUUCCAAAAUGUUCUGCUUAGAAGGAAGUGAUCUGAUUUCCCGCUAAUAACGACUCACAGGCAACGAAGGGUUUAUGACUGAAAGCAAUAGCUGGUGUGGAUUUCAUCCAAUAUUGUGUGGGAUUUAUUAUAAAAAAAAUAUUAAAAAGGUUUUUAUGUAAAUGCUUCGCUAAUGAAGGGUUUUGAAAAACCUUAUAGUGUGUCACAUGAAUCGAUUUGUGUAAUGCAAAAAUAUAAACAUGUGAAUUUUUCUUUUAUUGCAACUGAAAAAAUGACACUAAAUUGAUUUAACACAUUAUGAUCAUGCUGUUAGAAUACAAAUUUUUUUUUACAGAUAACUAUAUAUUUUGGCAGGAAUAAACAGCUAAAUGUAAAGUGCUGAUUGACUAAAAUUUAAUGCAUAUCAUGUAUACUGUGCUCGUUUGUUGAAUACUAGCAUUUCUAUUCCAAUAUUUCCAUUUUUCAGUAUCUUUGUCUGCAUGUGAUAAAUCUACGUAUCGAUUUUGUAUUAUACAGGCCAAUAAAUUCAUAUGGCGUAUAA